CUCUCUCUGUGUGUGUGUGUGAGCACUUGAAGAAGAAGAACAUGGCACUUCCCCUACUCCGAAUUCCAGGUACUUGCUGCAUUCCAUUUACGAAGCAGCAAUGUUUCCCUUCCAAAAACCGCCGGAAGACGACGACGACGACGGCGGCGGAGCUCCGAACGCCGGUGGGACUGACCGGUGGAACCGCCUACCAGUCUUCAUGUGUUGAUGUUCCAACCCAUAAGGUCACAGUCCACGACAGACAACGAGGAACCGUUCACGAGUUCCUCGUACCUGAGGACCAAUAUAUAUUACAUACUGCUGAGUCCCAGAACAUUGCCCUUCCAUUCGCCUGCAGGCAUGGUUGUUGUACUAGCUGUGCUGUGCGUAUAAAGAAUGGACAGAUUAGACAGCCAGAGGCUCUUGGGAUAUCUGCUGAGUUGAAAGAGAAGGGUUAUGCACUUCUUUGUGUGGGCUUCCCUUCCUCUGACGUUGAGGUAGAAACUCAAGAUGAAGAUGAGGUAUAUUGGCUUCAAUUUGGACGUUAUUUUGCCCGAGGACCAGUGGAGAGAGAUGACUAUGCCUUGGAGUUGGCAAUGGGUGACGAGUAAGCAAUGUAGAAAAUUUGAUACUCAGUAGAGCAAACAAUGCCAAUUUUGUGUUUACCCUUCUUUUACAUUUCUUUACUGUGUCGUGUUUAUUUUUUACCCUAUAUAUACUAUACUAUGUGCAAAUUCCAAGUAAAGCCCCAUGCUAUAUAUGCCCCCAAAACUAUACUUAUAGAAUUAAAGAUGUAGGUAAUUUUCUUGCCUAUAUUAAAUCGAG